GGCCAAUGGGGAGGGGCAGUAUCGAUUUGUGAGGGGAUAAGGCGAGAGAGUGCACAUGCUCGCCACGCUCCAUAACCACACGAUUCCUCCACCCUCCAUAGCUGUGACUCCCGUCUAUUGUAAUAGCAGCAGCAGCAUUCACCCUUCUCCUGUCUGUUUUUUCCCCACGCAGGCUUCAGCCUGUGCGUUGCAUCCAUUCGCCUUGUCUUGUGUAGUAACCCCAUCUGUGGAUAUGGCCACCGCUGCUUCCAGUUUCGUGGGCGUGGUGUCCAACGCCAUUGUUACUGGAUCCGCCACCUCGUCGAUGUUCCCUAGCAGAGUUCAAUGUCGACCUGCAGUGAUGAUGUCAAGGCGCAACUCCGGAAGGAUGGUGGUGCGGGCCGAGGAGGCCGCCGCCCCUGGCGCACCUGUUGCCCCUGUCAAGGAAGAGGCUAAGCCAGUCAUUGGACCCAAGAGAGGCAGCGUCGUUAAGGUUCUGAGGCGCGAGUCUUAUUGGUUUAACGACACCGGCAAGGUUGUUGCCGUCGACCAGGCACCUGGCGUGAGGUACCCCGUCGUUGUGAGAUUCGACAAGGUUAACUACGCAGGGGUUUCUACCAACAAUUACUCUCCUGAUGAGCUUGAGGCUGCUGAAUAGAUAUUUUCAGCCAGAGCUCAAUCAGAUAUCUGUAUUCGUUGACAAUUUAUCUGUAAAGGUUCCUAGUUUUGCGUAAUAU